AUGGGCACAGGAAACAUGCUUCUCUCAUCGUACGAGUGGCAAAAUGAGAAAGGAAUUGAAGAUUUUACCAGCGAUCUUCAGUCAGAAUUAGAGAUAAAUGGCGAUGUUCUUUUUGCCGUCGGAAAAGACGAAGAAUUGACAGAAAUUGAGCUUGAAAGGACGCUUGAGAAAAUAAAGAGCAUUUGCGAGAACUCAAAUGCUACUGCUAGUGUCUUGGCUAAAAAAGAAAAAUCAGCAACUGUCUUUGUCAGGCUAAAGAAGACAGACGAUUACUCAUUCUUUGAAACAAGAGUUUGCACAGUCGGAAAUGUAGACGCCGGAAAGAGCACCCUCCUCGGAGUACUCACACACAACGUCCUCGAUGACGGGCGUGGAUCUGCCAGAACAAAGCUCCUCCGUCACCGACACGAGAAAGAAACCGGCCGAACAAGUUCUAUCGGUCAGCAAAUUCUUGGUUUCGAUGAUGAAGGAAAAGUCGUCAAUCCGAGCGUUCAUGGCCAGCUUAACUGGGGAAAUCUCUGCCAAAACAGCGCCAAAAUCGUCAAUUUCUACGACCUGGCUGGCCAUGAAAAGUAUUUCAAGACCACCGUUUCUGGAAUAAUGGGCAGCGCUUCUGACUAUUGCAUGCUGAUUGUUGGCUCUAAUCAUGGACUAACGGGAAUGGCGAAGGAGCAUCUCGGCGUUGCAGUUGCUCUUGGUCUUCCGACAUUCGCUGUUGUUACGAAAAUCGACUUUACUCCUCAAAACAUCAUCAAACAAACCAUUUCCGGAAUGGGAAAGGUCUUCAAAUCAACUGGUGUCCGUCGCAUCCCAAUUUUGAUCCAAAACGUGAAUCACGUGAUCCUCGCCGCCGAAAAUUUCAAUUCCGUCAAAGUCGUCCCAAUUUUCAAAGUUUCUUCUGUCACCGGCGAAGGAAUGGAAAUGCUCAAGCUCUUUCUCAACCUCGUCCGACCUUCGCGAGAAAAAUCAACUUCUCAAAGCUCAACAUUCGCUGUCGACGAGAUUUUCUACAAAGUCGGAAUCGGCACCGUCGUCGCUGGAGCUCUCAGCGGCAAGCCGAUCAAAGCUGGCAGCACAAUGUCGCUCGGACCAGACGAAAAUGGAAAAUUCAUCCCCGUCGGCGUCCGUUCAAUCGAGCGCAAAUAUCUUCCUGUUUCUAGCUUGAAUGAUGGAGAAUCAGCAGCUCUCGCGCUUCGAAAAAUCAAGCGCAGUGAGAUUCGUAAAGGAAUGUUUCUAAUACAAAAUAUUCCAAAUCCAAUGGCUUACCGUCAUUUCCGAGGAAGCAUAACUAUUCUGCACCAUGCUACAACCAUCAAAAAGAACUAUCAGGCAGUCGUUCACAUCGGCUCAAUUCAUCAGUCAGCAAAGAUUAUGUCGAUGGAUAAACCACUCUUGCGCUCCGGCGAUGUUGCUACUGUCCACUUUUAUUUCCUAAAGCGACCUGAGUUCAUCCAAACCGGCCAGCUCUUCCUCUUCCGCGAAGGAAAGACCAAAGCGAUCGGGCGAAUAACCGAACUUCUUGAAUAA